CUAAACAUGGCGGCCAUCGGCAACAGUAGUGUGGAGCGCCUCAGCAACGCUAAUCAAAACAAAAUUUCCUUUACGUCGCCGGAGAAAAUCCGAGAGCUUCUCAACGAGGGCGUCUCGCCGUCAGGCAGCGUCACUAACGGUGGACAAGGAGAGUCAAAAGUCCCCGAUGUCAGGAGCAGCACUCAAGCACCUUGUGAGGCAACCAACAAAGAAGCCUUUUUCAGCAGAGUGCAGUCCUACUCAUGCUUGAAAUGGGCCGGGAAGCCCCGUGCGCUCUCACCUCUCAUGUGUGCCCGCUAUGGCUGGAUCAACGUCUCCAACGACACGCUCAAGUGCUCCAGCUGCGAGGCCUUCCUCUGUGCAUCGCUGCAACUGACCUUAGACUUUGAGAAAUAUGAAAGCCGUAUUGCAGAGCUAUCCAGGCAGCUUCAGACCAAACAUGAGAAGUUUUGUCCAUGGCCGGACUUUCCAUGUCCGGAGCGGUUGUGGAUGGUGACAGCCGGGGAGCCGUCAGCACUUUUGACUGCCCUAAUCGAGCGUUAUCAGAGCGCGUUGAUGCUUGGGCAGCAGCUACCAUCUAUGAAGCCUGAGCUGCUCAAAUCAAUGUCUUUGACUGAGGAUGUUGUCAGUGCUAUCCUGCAGUUGAUAGACACUGAACAAAAAAGAAAGGGAACCACAUGCACUGAACCGUUUGCAGUCCAAGUGGCUGCAUGCAUUGUUUCUCUCUGUGGCUGGGCUGCAAACAUGUGCGCACACACUACAAAGCUGCCCAUCCUCAGCUGCUCGUACUGUAUGCGCAAAGUUGGCCUGUGGAAUUUCCACCAAAUGGAGCACGUGGGAGAGGACGUUGAUCCCACUGCAAACACCGCAAGCGCUGCUUCCCCUCCCCACCACUCCGCUGCUUCAGCUCCCAUACUGGAGGGCCAAGGGGACCAGUCAACCUCGCCCACGCCUCCAACCACUCCGUCCCGCAUGAAGCUGAGGAGCCAGGACUCGUCUCGCUCUGAUCAGGGUGAGGGUAUACCUGUAGCUAUGAGAGCCAAAAGCAGAGACUCACCCAGUCCUGUUGAGGAGCUCCCAAGUCCCUUGACGAGGGGCAAGAGGCCUGCAACACGUAGCCAGGGGCAAGGGGAGGGUGCCGGUGCCGACGGGACCUCCUGCCUUCCCCUGGCUUCAAAACGCCUGUGCCUGUCAUCAACCGAUGACAUUGUGCACAAGAACGCAUUCGACCCGCUGGCUCAGCACAGAGACUGGUGCCCCUGGCUGUCGGCCGGAAAAGAGAACGUGGAUCCUCAGGCCAAGCCCCUUUCCGACGCCGUGCCAGCGCCUCAUCAGCAAGGCUGGAAAGCUGCCCUUGACCUCCUUGUGCCCGCGAAGUACACAGCGGCUGGCAGUCCAGCACAGGGUCCACCUGAUCAAUCUAAAAGAGUGUUUGCUAUAUUCCAGCAGUGGCAGGUAUCUUCUCCAUCUCAGUAGAAUGUCUGUGCACCAGCAGGUUGACAAGCCGAGCAAGCGCAUCAAAUCCUAUCAAAGUAUGUCAUGGUUCUCUGGAGGACAUCGAACAAGUACAUGAAUGAUGGGAGCCAAGCGGUUCACGUUUACGUUAAUAAUCCUCCAUGUUGAUGGUGUGGAAGACGAGAAAUCCCUGACAAUGAGAACAAGCCCACCAGGCUCGACACUGGAUAGGCAAUGUUUACUUUCAACAUGUGGAAUCAUGUAAUGACAGUGUUAGAAUAUCACCUCAAUUAGUGUGAGGAUGUAGUGUGUGUGUGUGUGUGAGAGAUAAGUUCCUGAUUAUUACAGGAAAAUAACUGAUGUGCCAUCAGCAUUGAAACAUAAUAGCUUAAGACAGCUGAGAUAGGCUCCAGCACCCCCUGUGACCGUGAAAGGGAAAAGCGGUAGAAAAUGGAUGGAUGGAUGCCUUGACUUUUUUUUUUCUUGUGACAUCUCAUUGCUUUUGUAGUCCAGCGUGUGUUCUUCUGAAACAGUGAUAGAAGUCAAAUGUACUAUAAACUUUUUUGAUGAAUGGGUGAAAGAAAGUAGCCAAACAAAUAUUAACGGGGAGAAAUUAAAAGAUUUACAAUUGGUGGAGUGUAACCAGAUUUUAAGAAGAGCAUCAAAAUGUAAAAUGACACAUAAGCAAUACUGUAAACCCAGGAAUUUUCAAAUAUAUUGAAAACUGAAUUUAAAACUCAAACAGGCUGUUCAUCAGGUGAUCAAAAGUUUAAGAUCAUAGCUUUAAAGUCCAAGUCUGUGUUUCAUGUCAUUUUUUUUUGGUGGUUCCUGUUGGCAAAAGCAAAAAGAGAAACAUUGAUUUAAUGCAGUAAGAUAGGGAUUUCACAUUUCUUAAAAGAUCCUUCAACCUUUUUUUGUUUUUGCUUCUUCUAGCUUGUUUUCGGACAUGUUGAAUAGGGUAAAUUUAGCCAUGUGACUUUGACCAGCAUGUCCUGAUCAAAUAAAUCAU